AUGUCUGCUCUACCUGUUGACUCGCUCAAGAGUCUCGCCGAUCUUCAUCCCAAGCCCUCUCACUUAACCUUUCAGUAUGGCACCGCAGGCUUCAGGACACUAGGUAGUGUGUUGGACUCUGUGAUGUUCAGGGUCGGCGUGCUUGCCGGCCUGCGUAGUAAGAAGCUUGACGGGAAGACAAUCGGUGUGAUGGUGACUGCCUCACACAAUCCCGAACCUGAUAAUGGUGUGAAGCUUGUGGACCCCCGCGGUGAGAUGCUCGAAAACGCUUGGGAAGUCCACGCGACUACCCUUGCCAACGCACCGACCACCGACGCGUUUGUGGAAGCCCUGAGCGCUUUCGUCAAGGCAUUGAAGAUUGACCUUUCAAAACCUGCGAGAGUUGUUUAUGCUCGUGACACACGCCCGUCUGGUCCCGCACUGGUCUCUGCAUUGGAGGACGGCAUCAAGGCAAUUGGAGCGGAAGGCCGCGACGCCGGGGUGACGACUACUCCAGUCCUUCAUUACUUGGUCCGGGCGAUCAAUACCAAGGGGACACCGGAAGAGUAUGGCGAGGAUUCCGAAGAAGGUUAUUUGAACAAGCUCACUGCUGCAUUCAAGAAGCUUGUGGCAGGGAAGCCCGCGUCCCCUCCGCUUAUCGUGGACUGUGCCAAUGGCGUUGGCGCCAAGAUUGCUGCCAAACUGUCAGAGUCUCUUGGAGAUACAUUACGUUUGAUCCCAGUCAACACAGCCACGACGACACCUGAAGCACUUAAUAAUUCUUGCGGCGCGGAUUAUGUCAAGACAUCUCAGAAACUGCCGCCGUCAUUGGCCUCGCAACUCAAGGCGGGACAGCGCGCUUGCAGUCUCGAUGGUGAUGCCGACCGCCUGAUCUACUACUACCUGGAUGACCGAUCCAAGUUCCACAUGCUUGACGGUGACAAGAUCGCCGCUUUGGUGGCUGCCUUUGUCGUCGACCUUACCAAGGCUGCUGGCCUUGAGAGCCAGAUCAAGGUUGGCAUCGUCCAGACUGCAUACGCCAACGGUGGUUCGACCAAGUACCUGUCCGAGCGUCUACCUGUGAAAUGCGUCCCAACUGGCGUGAAGCACCUGCACCAUGCAGCGGAGAAGUACGACGUUGGCGUAUACUUCGAAGCCAAUGGACAUGGCACCGUUCUUUUCUCUCCAGAAAGUCUGAAAACGCUCUCAUCCCACCAGCCGUCUACGCCUGCUCAGUCAACCGCCUUGAACUACCUCGUCCAACUCACCAACGUAAUCAAUCAAACCGUUGGCGAUGGCCUCUCUGACAUGCUUCUCGUUGAAGUCGUUCUGGCCCACAAGGCGUAUAGCGGAGAGGAGUGGGACUCACUAUAUGUCGACCUGCCGAACCGUCUGGUGAAAGUCGUGGUUGCCAACCGAAACAUAUUCAAAACGGAGGAUGCGGAGCGACGACUAGUAAGCCCUCCUGGCCUACAGACGAAGAUUGAUGAAUUGGUCCGUCGGUACAAUGGCGGACGAACCUUCGUCAGACCUAGUGGCACGGAGGACGUUGUCAGGGUGUACGCCGAGGCAAUUGUCAGGUCUCAGGCUGACGAGCUCGCUUUCCGCAUUGCCGGACUGGUCUAUGAUGAGACCGGCGGUGACCCCGCGCGUCGCCCGGUUGAGUUCCUGUAA